CCUCAGUUUGCCGAUAAUUAUUCGCCGUAGUAUGUUGCUCGUAAUAUCACGACGCGUUCCCGUUGUGCUUCGCGGAAGGGAUACGCAAACGUUCACGCAUCUACGUCGUGAACUUCCUCAUGGCGGCUCGCCGCAUGAUGUAACCUCCGAUUCGCAGAGGAUCACUCGCGUAGAAUCGUAAUCUCGAGACAGAUCGCCGUAAUCAUCUUGUGAGUUCUCGUAAUGUCGAGCCAUUUUGCAAUAAAAACGCGCAAUUUGCGAAUAUAUUGAACAAUAAGUGAAUUCUCAUCGAUCGUGUGGCUGCAACAGUGAUGGAGUAAUUUAAAGGUCGAACAAAAUGGAUGUUGCCGGAGAUUUGAAUCUACAAUGGGUAGGAGAUGUAGAGCUCCACGAGGAGGUGAUAUGCGGCCUGGAGGCACAGCUGGUCGCAUCAGAGGAGGAGGUGAUUGGUGCCUGCGAGGAAGUGGCAGUGGAGGAAACCGUUGAAUCGAUUCCUGAUGUAGUACCUGCCACCGAAACUGAGAUACUAAUGGUACCUCAAUCUAAUGAUAUGGAAUCAAUCUAUAUAGUGCCACAGGAUCAGGGGCACGACUAUCUGAAUAUACAAGUCACUGAAGAAGUAAUAGCCGACAACUGGGACAGAUCUGGUCCAGAUGAUGGAGUGGAGAUUCCAGAGGCCAAGGUGACUCAUGAAAAUCUCCUGGAGUACGAUGACAUGGAAAUACCAUUGCCGAUUGAUCAGGAUUCUUAUUCUAAUGCUCGACCGUAUCCAUGCGACUACUGUAGUCGCAGGUUUCGAAAGAAGGCAAAUUUGAUGAACCACAUUGUGGCACAUCAGACAGAUCGGCCGUAUGGUUGUAACCUAUGUGGAUCACGCUAUGUGCGCAAGUGUGAUUUGAAUAAUCAUCUAAAAGUCCAUGCAUAUGCACCAUCAUCACAAGAUGGUCUCGAGGACGACCUGAAUGAUGAGGACUCGUUAGUUGCGGAAGAGGAUGUGACGACCGGUGGCAACAAAGGCAGGCGCAAAAAGGUGCAAUCAAGUGCACCGCGCAAACGGAAGAACAACACCGCCGUUGGUAUGCCGAAACGCAAUUUCGAGGAAGUCAAGAUAGAGAUGGGCAAGUAUGUGUAUGAACCAGACAAUGCUUACAAGGACACAUUAUUAUUCUACGAGGAAGAGCUGACCGACGGUUAUUCUGCACGCAGCGGCAAUUAUGCAUCUAGCUCGAAGUGGCAAAUGGAGGAGAUGUCUUCUGCUACGGGCAGGCAACAGCAACAGCAGCAACAACAGCAGCAACAAUGGCCUAUCACCGAUCCAACAAAGCCAUAUGUCUGUCAGACUUGUGGCAUUGGCUUUGCUAGGGAGAAGGCAUUAGCAUCACAUGCUCGCAUUCAUGGUGGUGACAGCCCGUUCGAAUGUACUUCAUGUGGUGAUAUGUUCUGGGAUAUCAACAGUCUGCGGGAACAUGUGCGUAUCAAGCAUGGUGGUACCAUUCCUCAAAUAUCUGAUGCAGAGGAAUAUGAGAAUGAUGCCACUUACACAGGCGAUAACGAGAGGAUCGGCGAGUUUUAUUGCAACACCUGUGCAGUACCGUUCCAUCGUUUGGAUUUACUUAAACGCCAUCAGAAAAUUCACUUGAAGCCAGAGAUGGUUACAGUAGAGUCCAGUCAGCAUCACAUGUGCAAUGUUUGUGGAGAAGAGUUUGAGGAGGCUCUAGCAUUGUUGGCACACGCGGAACUUCAUGCUUCAAGAUCUCCUAGUCGUCGUUGCCUAUUAUGUGGAGCAAGAUGCCGUGAUGAAGCAGAAGUUGCGGAGCAUGUGCGACAGAAUCACGCUGAUGAUGCACCACCAAAUACAUGUACAUUGUGUGGAAAGACGUGCAAAGACAAACGCAGUUUAUUGAAACAUUCGUGGAUACAUAACGUCGAUAAGACCUUUGGUUGUACAAAGUGCACAAAACGCUUCCACAGUAAAGCCCGAUUACGAAGACAUAUGGUAUCACAUCGCAACAAAAUGGUAGCAUGUGACGAAUGCGGUGAGGAAUUCCCUGACGGACGCGCUCUCGUAAGCCACCGUCAUUCACAUAACAGGGAAUUAGGCGGCCGUUCUUUCCCCUGCCGUGAGUGCGGGAAAACCUUUGGUAGUCGCAGUUCACAGCAGAUCCAUAUACGUAUCCACACUGGCGAGAGGCCCUAUGGUUGCCGAUUCUGUUGGAAGGCUUUCGCAGACGGCGGUACCUUGAGGAAACAUGAGCGCAUCCAUACUGGCGAGAAACCGUAUGGAUGUGCGAUUUGUCCUCGGGCAUUUAAUCAAAGAGUGGUUCUCCGAGAACACGUGCGUGCUCAUCAUUCUGGUCCGGAUCCAAAAUGUGUGGGCAGUGCAGAACCAUAUUUGUGCAAGGUAUGUGGCGAUUCAUUCAGCACUUCUGAAGAGGUAGUGGCACAUAUAGUGCAGCAUUGCGACGAUAAUACUGCGUUAAAACGCCAGCCACAGACUGGACCGCGCAAGUAUAAGAGAAGACGCAAAGCAAAGCCUCUUGAGACGAAUACAAUGGUACGUAGAAAUGAGUUUACGUACGACAUGAUAGAAGGUAGCGGUAGCGGUGUUACCGGUACUGGUAGUGGUAAUAUUGGCAGUGGUGGUGGCGGUGGCACUGGCACUGGCGGUUCUGAUUCGGAAGACAACACGAAGCGGAAACUUGGCAAGAAAAACAAGCAACAUCGAUCGAACGUCGAGGAAGGCUAUCAGAAUGUAUUAAAAAGUUUUGAAAGCUCUCUACAGAAUAUAAACUCUAUUGUGAGUAACUCCAAGUUAAAUGCAUCCAAAUCGAAGGUCUCAAAAAAGAAGUUGCGCAAAGAGGAAAAGAAGCAGGAAACUCAAACAUCGAAUCAGUCAGGCCGGCCGAAGAUGAUACACACACAGAAGACGCGGGUGCCGGUGGAAGUGGGGAGCGAUGGCGCGAAAAAGGGCCAGAAGACAAAGACGAUGGUGACUCGGACGCCAAAAGUAAUGCCGAAUGAGCACAAGUCUGGCAUUUUUCCGGGUGGCGAGCGAAAUCGGCCACGCACAAAGAACGUCAGUUACCACAUUGAGGGUAAAUCGCAGCUCAUACCGGCAACGUUCUCGACGAAAUCAAAGGAGGGUAUGUCUACGAUGUCAACACAGCAGUUAUUGGCGAACAUCAAACAGGAGCCAGGUCAUGUGCAAAAGGCCGCAGGUGACAGUCACAGGAAUAACAAUGGUAAUAUUCUAGCUCUUAGUAAAAUUCAGGAGUCAUCAAACAAGAGAAAAUCAAUUACUACCAAGAGGACCAAGAGGCAAAAGCACCCAAUAAAGCAGGAAUUGAACACGUUGAUAGUAACAGUAGAGCAACAGCAGCAACAAGAGCAGCAACAGCAGCAGCAACAACAGCAGCAGCAACAGUUGUUACAAUUACGUAAUAAUAAUAACAAUAACAAUACCAUGGAGAUCAGUGAUGAUCAGGUACAACUGAUGGAGCACGCAGUGGACGGCAGCAAUCUGGAAGUAGCUUUCGAGGCGAGUGUCGUUACUGCUCAAGAAGACGAGGAGGAGAGCAUAUUGCCACACAGCACCGUGCAUGAGCUGGACAACGGGGCAAGAGAUAACAAUGUUAAGCUCAGUGUCAAAGUGGAGUCUGCGCCACCGAGGAUGCUCGCUAUACAUAGUGUUAUUGCGUCGGUAGAUGAUGUCCCGGAAACGAUAAUACCGGACAGGGUGGAGUAUACGUGCGAGAUGUGUGCCGCGGUGUUUUCCAGCCGUGCCGAAUUAUUGGUGCAUGUGCCGAUACACAUUUGAUUUAAUAAUUUGUCCGAGCCGAAGAACGGCGCGGAGGUUUGUUCUACUUUAGUAUAUUUGCUUAAACGAAUCGCAUAAUUAUUUAUCACGGAUGAGAUUUAUUGUUUUACAAGGGUAAGUGACGAUUGUUAAAGACCCCUUUUAUCACCACCGCUGUCUCAUCACUCUUUUCCUUCUUCCUUAUUGUAUUCUUCGAUUCUCUAUCAAGCAUCGCAAAAUUCCAUCGACUACAUAUAAAUCCUUUAGCUGCAAUUUUCGUGUUUCACAUAUUAAAGGAUUUAUUAAACAUCUUUUAAUUCGAUUAAUAUCAUUCGAGAA